GGAGGCACCUCGGUCCAGGCAGCAGAACCUCCUGACUUUGUGCACAACUCUCGGAACAUGGCUCCAACCAACUCUGUGGAAAUGAUAGGCAGAGAAUACUCGGAGGAGAAGUUCACAGCCAAACAGAAAAGCAAAAUAAUGAAAAUAACGGUGGAGAAAAGGCGCCGAGAUCGGAUAAACAGCAGCAUCAACCAGCUCAAGGCUUUACUGGGAAGAGAGUUUCAGACUCAGGAACCAAACAUGAAACUCGAGAAAGCUGAUAUCCUCAAAAUGACAGUAAAUUAUCUAAAAUAUCACAACCAGGCAUUCAGAGUCGGCCUCCCGGUGAGCAGUGUGGAGCAGGAUUACAACGAGGGUUACUCCAGGUGUUUGCAGGAGGCUCUGCGAUUUCUCUCUGUGCAAGAGGGCAAGAGCGACAUUCAGAGGAAGCUGGUCAGCCGAUUUCAGAGGACACAGCAAAUAACAACCAAGGACCCGUCUCACUCCGGAUCCUCCUCGCACUCUCCUUCCCAUCAGACAACCACCAAACAGGCAACACAGCAUCACAUCACCGCGCUCUGGAGGCCGUGGUAACGCUGGAAUCACUCAGAAAGACCCUUUCCUCUGUUACAGGACUCAGACCGCGUAGGGGAUUCAUUCUCCAGUGUCAGUAAUGGUGAUUUUUUUUUUGAACUGAAAAAUGGAAAAGUGCAGUACGCUUUGCUUCAUGUUGAAGGCAGUACAUAAUCCCUAAAUUAGGGACAAUUUGUAAAGACAUGUAUUCCUGACUUGGUUUUUAUUUUAGAUUUUGCGAGGCUGUGUUGGUUGCAAUCAUUCGGUAAGAACAACAAAGACGCGAUCUAUGUGUAGGAGGAAUAUUUCUUCGCUUUAUUCCUUUGGUGGGGAUGCUAUUUUUUUCUUCAUGGUGAAGAUAACCUGUACAUCCACAGCGCCUAAUGUCACGGGUGUUAGAAGUGUGUUAGAAGGGGUGAAACUUCAAAGAGUGGCACUCUGUCAAAUCAGUCAGUCUUGUUACGCCCGCACCUGUUUGCAAGGCGUUAUACAACAAACAAGUGACAUACAGUGUCAAAAUAAAUAUUCUGUUUGAAUGUACGUGAAUCUAUUUGUAUUGUAUACACGGAAACCUUGAAAUAAAUGAUUUAAAUCGA